AUGUCACUUGGCGCGCGUAAAUUUAUUCGUGUGACGAAAAUUUUACUAGCCGGUGUGACUGUAUUCUGUGUUAGUUGGAUAGCUAGUGUUAAUGAAUGGCAUUCAGGAGCGGCGUGGACUCGGACUAUUGUACAAGAGAACAUGUCAACUAUGAGGACAAUUGUUGGCUAUUCAGAAGCCAAGCAAGCCGAACUUGACAAACCCUCGCCAGUGUCUUGCAAACGACUUCCGGCAUUCGCAAAGAUACCUCACAUCAACCGCACUUGGUAUCCGGGAUACAAGAGCUCAUCGUGGCAGAGAGUGGAAGGCACGUCUGUGUCUUUAUAUUCUGCGUAUUACGACGAGAGGCUUCCGCAAAAAUAUAUACGAAUUCUGGCCAUGUUCCACAGUCAGAAUAUAACAGGUGAAGAACAAUUGUUCUGUCAGACGCGAUCGGCUGACUCGAAUGAAGAUUCAGUUGAGGUGGUUGCAGCAAAACCUUUGGAGAUAUGGUGGAAGGAUUGGGACAAUUCAUCCGCAAAUGUAGACACACCUCAACUCCUGUCAUGUCCUUUGACGGAACCGUUAAGAGGAAGAUUCGUUGUGUCAAUUGUAACGCAGCCUUGCGAUGAUCCAACAAAUGGUUUCUACUUGGAAGCUAGAGAAUUCCAUAAAUAUAAAAGAAAUUUCACAAUAUGCGUCAAAGACGUUAGUUUUCAAAAAGAUAUAUCAUACAAUCUGAUCGAAUGGAUCGAAACUAACAAACUUCUAGGCGUCGAUUUAAUUGAUAUUUAUAUAGAUAGUUUAAAUGAAACAAACGAGAAAGUCUUAUUGGAUUAUCGCUCCCAAGGCUUCGUCCGUCUGUUCCAAGUUCCUAUAAAAUAUAAGUCCGAUAGAUCUCUAUGGCAGAGGAGGCGUGAUCAUAUCAUAACGUAUAAUGACUGUCUAUAUCGUAACAUUAUCGAAUCCAAAUUCAUCGUGCCACUUGAUAUAGAUGAAAUACUCCUACCAAAAAUAUCACACACGUGGCCGAAGCUUAUCAAAAGACUGACACAUCAAGGCUUCAAUGUCAAACAGCACUCAGCUGUGAUAGUACGUAACGUGUUUUUCUUCGAUUUAUUUCAAAUAAAUAGAUAUAAGAACAACAAAAACACUAACAUAAGUGAAGCGUACGUCAAACGUGAUGACGUCAGAAUUACUGAUACAGAUUAUAAAUCAGCUGACAUAGAUUAUAAUAACGAUAGUAUUAAGAAUAAAAUAAAUAUAAAAUACUCGGACAAAUAUAGGACUGAAUGCGGCAUGGAAUCGUACGUACCUAAAUUGACGAGUCACAUUGUUAGCUCAGCAUUUAUUAGCCCUAUAGGACGAUACAGCAAAAGCAUCAUGGUUACAAAAAGAGUGCUGACAGCAUUUAAUCAUUACCCUUUAGCUAGCAUCGGUUCGACAGGCAUCCCGGGAUGGGCAGCGCCCUUUAGAGAAGUGCAACUCAAUCAUUACAAGGAAUCAUGCAAUUCAACUAUAGUGGAAGACUGCGACUUGUACUACAGAAGAACGAAACUCGAUCUCUCGGCUUUGAGAUUAAGCGAAAAGCUCUUGGAAGCGCUAUCAACAGCUUUAAGAAAAACAGUCAAUGCACUAUUGAAAUUUAUCGUAUCCUGCGAAUCUACUGGCUUCGAGGCUUCCUACGGUCGACGACCUAGGAACAGCGUUAGGACACCUAGGUUCUACCUACAGCAUCAAGUAUAUAAGCGGGAUAGAACGACGAACCCGGAUAGUGGGAAGACAUCGAUAGCAAAUUUUCUCUCUGAAUCUAUUAAUAUCGAAGAAGCUGGUACUCCUCGACCGACACAAGGAGCGCGGAUCUUAGAAUUUGAGCUCCCUCACAACGUUAACGAAAGGCGUAAGGUUCAAAUUGAAUUGUGGGAUUGCAGCGGCGACCAUAAAUUCGAAUCAUGUUGGCCGGCAGUAAGAGUUGGUAUCCAAGGAGUUAUUCUAGUAUGUUCCCCUAACACAGUCAAUGUUGCUGGAAGAGAAAUUGAACUGCUUUACAAUUACUUCGUAUCCCAGGCUAAAUUAUCAGCUAAACAAUGCGUUGUAUUCUAUAACUGUUUAGAUGAUCAAGAAGAUAUGGACUCUUUGAAUCUCUGUAUGUAUAUAAUAUAA